UAGUUCAGUCAUGUAAGACGUCGCUGAAGAUUAUAGCUAUACAACAACUUUGGAAAAGAAUUUAUCCUUCAAAAUGCCGGGAAAUCAUUUUCCGGCAAUUUGUGGAAUAGUUGUUUUACUGACAUGUGCUUCUUCAAGUUUCAUUAACUUUGAACCGGGGUUUGAGUACCAGUACGAGUAUGAUUCGAAUGCAAAUGUGAAAAACAUUGGAGAUUUUCAAGUGUUAGCCAAGGUCGGCUACAUCAACGUUGGUGAUAGAGGGGGCGGACAAGAGGUCUACGUGAAGAUGUAUGCUCUAGGGCUGAAGACCAAACACACAGAAGACACCAUCGACCACCGUUUGGACUUCUCAAAAUGGUUCUCGUUUGUGAUCACGCCCCAUGGCGAGAUUCUCCGCGUCUACCACCCUCCCGACGACGACGAUGAAGCUGUUGCCAUGAAGAAGGGAGCCGCCGCCAUGUUCGCGUCUCGUCUACACCAGGCCACUGAGAACCAUGUCCAUGCAACUGACGACGGCUGGGGCUAUCACGUGAGAGAGACUGGAAGUGAGGGUCCCCACAACGCCACCUACACUGUGCGGCCGACUCUCACAGGUCACGUGUUCACCAAGACAAGACACCCGGGACACCACCCCGUCAAGCAUGCGACGUCAGAUUAUACAAAGACCUUGUAUUACGACUCUGCCCUUGGGACUAUGCACACCAUUCAAGUGGAGGAAAAGUUACAGGUCAUGCAUAAGACUGCAGAAGGAUACAACCCGUUUGAAAACAGUCGUCCCGUAAAGGCGGUCAACAACUUCACAGAAAUGAAAUACCCCGAGAUGUCAGCACAGGGCUCAGGAAAGCUGGUAUUCCUCAGCAAACACAAGGUUGUCAGUAUUCCCAGCAGACCAAAGACAGACAUCACCAGGGCGUCCAUUCAUAUCAAAGAGGUGAAGCGCAAGAAGCCAGCAAUCGAUGUGGAGGAACACCUGCAAUAUGUGAAGGGGAACCUCACGUGCAUGCGAAACGAGCCGGAAAAAGGAUCCAGGAAGUUGGACAGAUGUUUCACGCAACUUUUAUCUGUUCUCCGCGACUUACCUGACCAGACGUUGGUUCUCCUUGCUGAAAAGUACCUGACAGACAGGCCGAGACUGACCAAGACCUUCAAGGACCAGAACCAUAUGUUAGAUGCUAUCGCCAGUCUGACCAUAGACCUGUCUCAGCAGCUCCUGCUGGACCUUGUGCUCAACAGAUCCAGACCCGACUCCUCCCUUGUGAAGAGACUCAUGUUCCACAUCAUCUCACUUGAUGGACCACCGAUAGACAAUAUCAUCACGAAACUGAAGAGCCUGUGUUUUGAGCGCGAGAAGGCCCCCGUGGCUUUACAGGAACAUGAAACAUAUCACAGGAUGGUGCUGGCGCUCGGGGUGGUUGCUAGGCAACUAUUUGACGCUGGGAGGAAAGAAGAAGCGGUUGAUAUUGUCCUGAAGCUGGAGGGUUGGCUCGGAUUGCACGAUCCCUGGCUGUUCCGUCAGAAACGGUCAACCAUGACAGAGCGUGAAGUCCUUGAUGACGACCGCUGGAGAGUUAUCUUGCUUGGAUCUCUGGGUAAUGCCGGUCUCGACCAAUCAUUUGAGAUGAUUGUGUCACAUGUCAACACCACCAACUCUCAGUGGGUGAAGCGAGCGGGGAUUCACGCCAUGAGGAAGUACCGACACGAAGGGGCAGCACAUCUGAUGUUGAAGACAGCCCUGUACGAUGACGACGAGGAGGUCCGAUAUGAAGCUCUGCUACAAUACCAGGCCCACCCAAAGGCCGCAAUAAUCGCUCCCAUGUACAGAAAAGAAGGAGCCAUAAAUGGAUCUUUCUUUCACGUGGACCCUCGCUAUGUUGGCCGGCGGGACAUUGACGUACACGACCGACACAAAAGGGGAUUCUUUGAUGAGAAGAUCGAGUUCAAACUGCCAUCACCCAGCGUAGACUGGAAGAAGAUGCUUGGGUCAACAACCAUUGGAGUGUCCUUUGGACUGACCAUGAACAAUGCUUUAGACUUCAAAAUAGCGCCUCUGAGUGGACACAUGCGAGUGAACAUCCACGAUGAAGCAUACGCCCGCAUCCACCUUGGCUUCAUGGGCAUCAACCAGGAUUUCUUUUCGGCGAGGAUCUGCUUCAAGGGAGGGGCUGCUUACAACCUUAACAUGCUGCAGGAGUACGGCGUGGACAACCUCAAGAGACUGGUUGAGAUCUACGAUGCUGUUAAAGGUGGUGCUGCUGGCGCUCUAGGCAAAAGUCUGGACCUGUUUUUUAGUAUCGUCAGAGGAGACUUCUCGUUUGCUAACAUGAUAAAUGGUUUCAGGCAAUCACUGGAGGAGCUGCCAGAUAAGGUUGUCAGUGUUGGAAAGAAGGCAUCCGACGCUAUGGAAGCCUUUGGCCAGCUGGAUGAAAAGCAGUUGCCUCCCUUUGCUAAACCUGCCCGGAACCUUGUAUUGAGAAUCACAAAUCUUUACAAGGAAGUCAAGUCAUCGGUGCUCAGCUUUUACAAUGAACUGAUGGAGACAGUGACGAUUAUAAUACCCAGGGCAGGGAAGAUGAUUUCUCAGGCUAUCAAGGCUAUCGCUGAUAGCUUUAGGACCUUCAACAAUGACCCCAAACAGGCCAUUUCUACAGUCGCUAGUAACGUCAUCCUUGUUGGCCUGGAAGUAAAGAAUCUUGUAGAUGCCAUUUUCAAGACCAAAAAUGCAUUAUUUGCCACCACCAAAACGCCCCCUGACUGGAUGAACCUAGCUUCCCAGGUGAUAGAGAUAGUGGAGGCGGGGUCAAGGGCAAAGACGACACUGCAGAAAGGUGGGAAUAAGUGGAUCAACGAGGUUAUGAACCGGACGAGGGACCCUGUAGCGGAGUUUUCCAAGGGGAAGACUAACGCUACUGCGCUGAGACAUGAAGUUGUGAACAAGCUGAAGGACAUUGUUGAUGAAGUCCUGGCUCCUCUUGAACCUCUGAAGAAACUGGGAGUGAAGUUCUUGGAAACUUUCAAAACGGUGAAAGCUCUAAUCAACGACGUGAAGACAGCUUACAACGCUCUGAAGGCAGGAUACCGUGUUGCCCGCUCCCUUAUCGACCUUGUCUUCGGCCCCAAGUGCCAUAAGGAGUUCCCCCGCACCCAUCGAAUUGCUGGGGCAGGAUGCAGUGGAAGUGGCAGCUACCCCUCCGAAUUGAAAAAUGGGAAGGAAUACGAGCAUAAAGGAAUAGAUGUAACCGUAUCUCCUGGCAAAGACAUUGUGGCUCCGUUUUCUGGCAACAUCAGGCGGUCUGACAACCCAUAUGAGGUCAUCAUCAUCCCGAAUGCAGGAUCUCUGAAGGAAACUGAGGUCAUCAUAACCAAUAUCGACCCAAACGUGGAUGACGACAGCCUAGUGAGUGCUGGGCAGAAGAUAGGCGUUGCGACCAACUCUCCGUGCAGAGGUAACGAACACAUCCACUUCUCCCUGAAACGGAAGGACGGCUACAUCGACCCAACACGCUACCUUGAGCCCAGAUUACCCAAGCUCCCAGUUUGGGUGCAAGAGUGUGACGACCAAAAGGUCAUGCUUAUGGACAAGACUAUAGCUGGAAGCUGCAUUGCAUGUCUGGAUGGUAAGAAGAAAAACAACACCAGUCCAAAGAGAGAAGGAAAAGAAAUUGAAAAUCCCGAGGAUAUUGAUUCCCCAAAAGAUCCUUUCUCUGUCGCCGACGCAGAAAAUGUUAAGCCAGAUUCUAUGUUCCAAAAGAUGCAGCCUCGAAAGCUACAGAUCCUAGAAAAGGCAAAGAUUACAAAAGAUGGCGCUCUGGCAACCCUUUUCCAGAAGGCUAGUACUUUCCUAAAGACGUUCUCUGUCCGUAACCUGAAAAUGGGGUCUAUCAUGGAUCUUCUUGAGAUUCUCGGUCUUGACGAGAGUCAGGAGCAGGUUGUCGAGGUCAUAAGAACAAUAAAGGAGUUGAUCGACAACAAGCCGUGUUUCAACCCGUACCAGAUGACGGACGACCAACUGAGGACGGAGCUGACGGAGAGGGGGAUGAGGGCAGAGGGGACUCGGGAACAUAUGAUCAACUCCCUCACCACGCCAUCCAACUCCUGUCCUCUCAUGAAGAUAUCCAUGCCUAACAACAUCUACUGUACAUUUGACGACAAAUGUCUUGGACUGGAAUGCUGCGUACAUUUCAAUCUCUUUGUGUUCCGAAAAACUUAUAACUUGUUUUCAAGAUUUGACCCCUGUGAUAUGACAUUUUCUGUUGGUGCUGAGAAGUUCAACAGUUCCUUUGGGAUUGAGGAUAUGUAUGGAGGAUUGGAGAAGACUAUUCUGACAAAUGUCAAACUGGAUACAUUGGGAGGGAUACAGCUAGUCAUUAAAGUGAAGCUGGAGAAGGAUGACACGGCGGCUCUGAUCACAGUGGCCGCCGGCUUUUGUUCCCAGGAUGACCACGACAACUGCAUCGCAUUCUUUAACAUCCUGGACGAGUUUCUAACACCGCUACCAAUAUGUCAUCCAGAUGGCUCAAUAACCUGGCCAGAGGUUGAUUACAGGGGUCUGUUUGAUAAGGAAUCAAUUAAGAGACGAAUACGGGAAAGUGCCAAAGAGUUUGCCAAAGAUGCUAUUAAGAAGGGCAUCGAAGAACUACUUGAAUUCAUCCCGUGUAUAUCUCGCAAUGCUCCAGGCAAGACAGAUCCCUGUCCUAGACCCGAGGCCCUCACUCGGGAUAUCCUCAAGGAGAAGCUCCAGCAGCGGGGAUUGCAGAUCACGGGUACAACACAGGAACUUGAGCAGAGGCUCAGAGUUGGACACAAAACUUGCAGAUUGCUGAACAAGACAGUGACCCUCCCAGCAAUAACAAACGAGAAGAUUGAUAAGAUCGUCUACAUGGAGAUAGCCCCGGACUGUCUGCGGUUUGAUGCGUGUGUUGACAUUAGGAUCAAGAAGCUAAAUUUCAACAAGGCCGUCAACGCUUACAUACAACUUGACCCUUGUAAAUUCACAAUGACCGUCAACUUUGAGGACUGCACUACGCCAGUAAUACUGCUGGGAUACGACUGGGGGAAAGAGAAGACCACGAAUGUUAACGACUGGGUUUCCAUAAGAUACACCAUUGACAGAAUUGAGGCAAGGAAGGUGUUUGUUGUUGACAUGGGUCUACAAAUAAGCGUUGGAGAAUCGGAACCGAUUUUGGAUGCCUUGUUGAUUGAAAAACUGAAUGUACCUAUACCCAUUUGUGAUGAAAACUUCUCUCUGCCGGGAACCGGGUCUCUUCAGGAGCUUGCCGAGCAAAUGGGAGGAAAACUAAUCAGAGCAGUUGUAGAUGUGGUGUUUCGAAAACUUGGAUUGGAUAAAGUUCUGUUAGACGGUAGCUGUACAUCAUUAACAUCUCAACAAGACUGCCCUUGGUCCCUCCCAGACUACAAGAAGCUCCUACCCGCCAGUUUCCGGGACAACGUCAACUGUAAACUGCCGGACAACUGUUUCGGUGUAGACUGUUGUGUGGGCUUCUCCUUCGACAUCCCGCUGUUUGAGACCCCCCUCGUCAAGCACGCCCCCUUCUUCCUGAAGUUUGAACCGUGUAACUUCACUGUUGAGGUCGGCUUUGGGAGCUACUACCAUAAGGAAAGACUGUUGACAUACAACUGGGGAACUGAAAAUCAACUUCAAAUAGGUGAUGGCAACCCGUCUCCAGUUAUCAUCAAAUUCACGAUCUUGAAGUAUCCCAAAGGUUUCCUCGUUGACCUGAGUGUCCACACGUGUAUCCCUAUAGAUGGUAACAGCUUCUGUUACCCAGAAGGAGGCAUGACGCUAAUGAAUCAGGAGAAGAUACCUGCCUGUGAUGCUAAUGCGCUGGUCGAGUUCACAAAGCAAAAUUUCUCAGUUUCUGAUUGGCUGCGCGACCUUGACCUUGACAUCAACCUGAAGUCCCUCUCCCAGGCAGCUGCCAGGAUGCUACUGGACAAGUUCGGCAUCUCCGAGUACCUGCUGGACCAGAGAUGCGAUGUGUCUAGACCACCAUACAGCCCCAGUGUUGACGGCUGGAGGAAUGAAUGCCCCAAGAGUAUUGGCAAGCUGCCCAAGCUUCCAACAGAUCUGUACUGCCACCUAGCGGACACGUGCACCAAGAUAAACUGCUGUUUCCACGUCCCCUUUCUUGCGAUGUCCUUCAACGCCGUCCUGAACGUCGAUAUGUGCGACUACGUCAUUUAUGCUGCCAUCGAGAACAAAACCACCACCAUAGGAAUGUUAGGGGAUGAUAUUGACCUUGAUGCUGGUACGUCAAUGAUGCUGGACAUCGUCAAAGUCUUCCAGAUCAAAUUUGGUUUGAAGAAGAAAGACAAGGUUCUGCUCCUUGAUCUUGACAUCGAGGUGUGCUUGGAGAAGGAUUCCUGCCUCUUCUCCACGCCUAUUAUGAAGGGAACCGAAGUUCCACAGCUUGUCUGCGACCUUGAUGCCAGGUGGAAUCUAAAGAACUUCAGUAUAUCAGACUGGGCCAAGGCCAGGGGACAGGACUUGACCAAGGGUCUGGCACGGACAGCUGUGAACCUUCUGUUGGAACAGCUGGGUAUCAAGGACAAGAUGCUGGAUCCACCCUGUAACCGCAGUAGUCUCAAGUACCAGCCAGCUGAUGCGGGCAACUGGAAGAAUGAUUGUGACUUGGGCGGAAGCGCUAUCACACUCCCAGCAAUAACUCUCCCCGCCAACUGCCACAUCAAUGACAAGUGUCUGGGAAUAGACUGUUGUCUCCAUAGCAACGUCCUUGACCUGUCUCUUCACACGUCCUUCAACAUUGACCUCUGUAACUACCUUAUUGAAGGCGCCAUUGAGAAGUUCAGCUUUAAGCACAACAUUCUGAAAUAUAUCUGGGGAAAAGAAGAAGUACGCACAUUCGAUGGUGUUCCUCUUCUCAAACUGAGGUUCAAGAUUGACCGGCUUCUGUCCCAGCAAGUGUUUAUAGUUGAUCUGUCUGCGAGUCUGUGUCUCGAGGGAGAUGACUGUGAGCUGGAUCUGAAGGUGCUGGAUCAGACACGACUUCCCAUGCCAGGGUGUGCCAAGUUCCAGGGAUUCAAACUACAAAAUUUCUCUCUGAGUGAGUGGCUAAGGGAAAAGGGUAGUGAGAUCACAGCUCAGCUGUCAGCAGUCCUGCUGGAAGAGCUCGGUAUCAAACAGUUCCUACUGGACAGACCGUGUCAGGACUACCUGGAACCGUACAGGGGCGCUGUGGGAGGAUGGAACAAUGCUUGUCCUGAAAACAUCACCCUGCAAGCUCUGCCUCCCAAUCUCUUCUGUCACGUGACCGACUACUGUACCGGGGUCACGUGUUGUGUCAAAGCCUCACAGGUCAAACGGAACUUCAAUGCCCACCUCUUCCUGGACUCCUGUAACUACAACCUAAGAGUCGGUAUUGAGAAGCUGGAGUUCAGUCAUACACUGUUUAACUAUACAUGGGGUGAAACAGAAGUUAUUGAUCUUGGAGGACUUGUCAGACUUGAAUAUACCAUCAACUCGGGUCAGAAGAAGUACCUGGUGAACCUGAGCCUUAAGGUGUGUCUGACUGCUGGAGAGGAGUGUCAGUUUACCUUCCCUGUGUUCACAGACAUGAUCCUACCUAAACCAUUCUGUGACUGGGAGGCCACCAAACAGCUACAAAAUUUCUCCCUGAGUGAGUUUGUGACAUCAGAAGGCGCUGCAUUGGCGGACAGACUGACAGACGCCCUGGUAGACAAGCUGUUGGACACUCUGGGUCUUUCAGACUACGUUCUGGAACCUCCAUGCUCCAUGGAUGGGCGAGGCGCAAAUGGUUGGAACUCAGACUGCCCAAAACAGGUUUCACUCCCAACACUACCAGACUCUGUGUCCUGCAGUCUCCACGACCACUGUACAGGAAUAGACUGUUGUCUCAGUGUGCCUCUCAUCAGUCGGAAUGUCCAUUUCAAGGUCGACCUGGACAUGUGCAAGAUGACCCUCACACUGGCCAUAGAGAAACUGGAGUUUAGCAGACUGCUCUUGGACUACCCAUGGGGAACACCUGAAUCGUUCAAUCUGAAGGGAAUAUUCCGAGCAGGUUUCACCAUCGACAACCUCGAGGGAGAGAAACAAUUCCUUGUCAGUCUUAACAUCAGUGCCUGCUUUGAGGCUGGAGGGAAGUGUCUGGUGACCCUACCUGUGUUAAACCAAGCCAGAUUCCCAAACCCUGGAUGCGACUGGAACUCAACACUGUCCCUAAAAGGUUUCUCCCUGAAGAACUGGCUGAGCAAAACCAAUCUGAACAUUGGUCAAGUCUUGACCUCAGCAUUCCGGUUCCAGCUGUCUCUGGCCCUGGGCAUCUCUGAGUACCUCCUGGACCCAAUGUGUGACAGACAGAGGGGGAUAUACAAGGCGGACGCUACAGGGUGGAAUAAUGCAUGUCCAAAACCAAUGACCCUCCCAACCCUACCGGACAGCCUGUCAUGUCACAUACCCGACUACUGCACUGGACUGGACUGUUGUGUGGAUGUGGUCAGUCUGGGGAUGUCCUUCAACUUCAAGAUCCUCCUGGACCCACGGAACCUUGUCCUGACCGUCGGUAUCGAGAAACUCACCGUUCAGAUAUCACUGUUCAACUACAAAUGGGGUAAAUGGGAAAAUUUCAACCUUAAUGGCGUCGUUAGAUUGAGUUUCAAGAUUGACGACCUUGUUCAUGCUUGGAAGUAUCUGAUGAGUCUGAAACUAUCGCUGUGCUUUGAGGCAGACCAGCCUUGUGCUCUCAGCCUACCUGUCUUCACAGAUAUCAGCUUCCCUAAACUGGUGUGGAACUGGGACAACCCUUUCUCCUCGACUGGCAACGGCUUUUCUUUGAAGAGCUGGCUAUCUAAUUUGAAGCUCCCAUCUGGCAAGAAAUUGGCCGGCCUAGCUGUGUCCAAACUUCUGGACAGACUUGGUCUCACAGGCUACCUGAGUGACCCCCAGUGUAACAAGAGCCUGCCCCCCUAUGCUGGAGCAGUUGGGGGUUGGAAGAAGGACUGCCCUGCCAGUCUCACCCUGCCCACACUACCAGACUCCGUCACCUGUCAUCUGUCAGACCCGUGUGGCUCCAUACAGUGUUGUAUUGACGUGGACUUUAUCGGGAGAUCCUUCAACGUCCAGAUAGGAAUAGACCCUUGCACCUACACCUUCACCAUGGGCAUAGAGAAGCUCGUCUUCACCAGGGCCUUGUCAAGCUACAAAUGGGGGACUGUGGAACACUUCAACUUGAAGGACGUAAUCCGUGUAGAAUUCAUGAUCGAUGAUCUGUUCGGGGAAAAGAAGUUCCUGAUGAACCUCAACAUCAGUGUCUGUUUUGAGGAGGAUUCGUGUCUGAUUUCCUUCUCUGCUCUGAAGGACGUCAAGAUUCCCAAAUUGGUCUGUGACUGGGACAGUACAGCAGCUCUUGCAGAUUUCUCUCUGUCUGACUUCUUGUCUGAGAUGAAGUCCACUGGAUCAGAGAGUCUCACUUCAGUCAUGGCAGCCAAACUAUUUGAGAGGCUGGAAAUAGCAGGGUAUCUGAAGACACCACAGUGUCAAAAUACAAGCAGCCCUUAUGUGCCUACUGUCACUGGAUGGAACAACGAGUGUCCAGUUCCUGGGCUUGACCAGAACCUCCCAGAACUCCCUGGUUCCAUGGCAUGUCACGUGCCUGACAUCUGCACCGCCGUUGACUGCUGCAUCUACAUCGACUUCCUGUCACGUGCCUUCAACGUUUUCCUGACAGUUGAUUUGUGCACCUAUCAGCUGACAGUGGGCGUGGAAAAUCUGGUCUACAAACGAAUGCUGUUUGAUUAUCAGUGGGGGACAGAGGAGCAUUUAUAUGUGAAAGGUGUCAUUCGAGUAGAUUACUCAAUCAACCGACUGCAGUCUGAGAAAAAAAUAGAGGUGACAGCAGCUGUCAGUGUGUGUCUGAAACAGAACGAGUGUCUGUUCUCCAAAACCUUCCUUGACAAAGUCAAGACACCACAACCCCUGUGUGACUGGGAGGCCAUGCUGAAACGGAGAAAUUUCUCAUUGUCCAACUGGGCAUCAGGCAAGGGGCUGUCCUCCACCGUGUCUUCUCUCACGGAUACUCUGAUAUCUCAGCUCCUGGGUGAUCUCGGGGUGUCUCAGUACCUCCUGGGUCCAGCCUGUGACCAGUCAGCAAGUCCAUAUUCCCCUGCUGGGAUAAACAACUGGAAUAAUGAAUGUAGAGGCCAAGCCGUACCAUCCCUACCAGACUCAGUACGAUGUCACCUGGCCUCCAACUGUUCUACUGUAGACUGUUGUGUCGAUGUUCGUCUCAUCAAGAGGACCAUCCAGGCCAAAUUUGAUGUGGAUGUUUGCAACCUUCAGAUCACGAUGACUAUAGAAAAACUAUCGUACACCGUGUCGCUCCUGGAGUAUGAAUUGGGCACAGAAGGACAUUUCAUCCUGGGAGAUAUGACACGGCUGGUAUACAAACUUGAGCACAUCCCUGCCUCCCAGAAGCUGGUGAUUGACCUGAACAUCAAGAUGUGUUUUGAGGACAACACGUGUGUGCUUGAAGUCCCAGUCUUGUCACAGUCAGAGCUGGUCUAUUCUCCGUGUAGCCUGAGUCUACCAGUGUCGUUUAGUGGUGUCUCCUUUGAUUUCUGGAAGUCUGAACAAUGUUCUCUGCGAACUUCCGCUUGUCCGGCAUCCCUCCCUGCUGCCAUCUCCAGCACCUGUCGACUGACUGACAACUGCAUGGGCAUCACCUGUUGUGCGGACGUCGACCUCAAGUACCUCGGCAUCUACACCAUCACUGCCGGCAUCGAGGUUGACUACUGCAAUGACCAACUUAUGUACCAUAUAGAGAACAAAGAGUGGACGAAGAAGCUUCAGGCUGUGGACUAUGACAAAAACCACACAGAGCCAGUUGGCAACGCCAUCAACCUGAGCUACGUGAUCAGCAAAACGCCAUCUUUAUAUGAGGUGUCCUUCCACGUGAAGGUCUGUGCCAUGAACGGGCACGACCUCACCAACAACUGCUACUACUACAAACUCCUGGAUGAAAAGACGUUCAAGGUGCCAUUUACGUGUUCGCCUGUUGGAAGAAGGAGGAAAAGAAGAAGUCCUUUAGACCUAAUACCCACAGGCGAUGUAAAGCAGAUCAUCAAUGAAGCUUUGAACCAGAAAUUCACGAAUGGAGAAAUCAAGGAUCUGUUUGACAGAUUGAAGGCUGAAGCAAAGAGGGACAGAUCACUGUUAAUAUCACGCACGGAUGAAUAUGGCACAGCAACCAACACUAAGAGUGCCAUCAGGAAGAUGGGUAUAGCUAACCCAGGAACCAUUCUGUACUCAGGGGAGGUCGGCGGUGGCAGCGUCGUGCUGGGCAUGGAAGGAGGUGAGAAGAUCAUGAAGGUCCUGGGUCAGGUCACCGACAUCCUGGGUCGCGGGGAUCAGGCGUACACUGUGGGGAAAGGUCUGACUGGGAGAGGACUGCAGCUGCUCGGUGCUAAACUGGCCAACAUGAGCAUCGGUGAGAUGAUCGCCAUGUUUGAUGCCAAGAACAUCGACCCAGAACUUGCUCUUCGUCUGACGAGACAGCUGAGGGAUCUGGCUCUUGCCCUGUAUUCAGAUAUCAUCAAUGCUGUCCUCAAUGGCGAUGGUGCCAACGCAUUUAGCUCAUUUGACAUUACCCUUCAAGGAGACUUCAGCAUACCUAGAACAAACAUCGCAUUAGCACAGAUCAAGCAUACAUUCCUCAUUGGAGGACUUGUACCCAUGAGCUUUGAAUUUGGAGGUGGAGUUUCUUUUGGAAUGGGAAUAGGCGUAGGAGCUAAGAUCCUUGGCAUGACGGCGUUUGGUCAAGUAGUUCCCUAUGGAAGUGCCUUUGUAUAUGGAGAACUUGGCAUUGGAUUCAUACUGUAUGGAAAACUGAGACUUGAUGGCUACUUGAUGAAUAUUGCUUUCACAUCCAGGGCUGAGAUAGGAUUCUAUAAGUUUCCACUUGAUUUAAGUUUGACCAUGGAUAUGGAACUGGUCCCUCUGGAGAUAACCCUGCGGGGACUAGUUACCCUGGAGGUCGACCUCUUGCUCGUCACGUUCAAGAAGAUAUUGUACCAGGCAGUCAUCUGGCGAUAUGCGACUCCUGUGAUAAGGAAGAGAAUGGUAGAUACAGGCAAGAAGGAGGAGGACAAGUCUCCACCACAGUUCCUCAACUAUGUGGACAAAACUGGUGGUUCUGGUCGAAAGAAGAGGGCAGUGUCCACAUCACGGAGCUGCUUCGUGAGACAACUCCCCGAUAGAGACUACACAGAGCCGGCUGUAGAGAUAGCUAUAGCUGCCCAGGAUGACCGGAGUCAGGUCCAGAUCUUUGUGGAUGCUGGGACCAAACCUGGACUCAGUGAUGUCCUCAGAAGUCUCAGCCUUGGUGGACCAUCUUCAAUUAUCACUCAGCGAUUUUCGAAGAAUGCCCAUGGCGUCCCCGUCUUUUUCACGGUGUAUGGUAAGAACAGCGCAGGCGCGAGAUCAACCGUCACUUGCAGCAUCCCAACCUAUGACGUCACGCCUCCUGGUGGCAGACUGACACCAGACUUCAGUUCAACCAGUAACCCAGCUGAGCUGAGAGGGAAUGUGGUGGUGUAUGAAGAUUCAGAUCUGGUUAAAUCUUCCGUGGGUGUUGGACUGGGAAGGGGAAUCUAUGGAGAUGAAGUCAUAGCCUACAACUCUGUCAAUCUCAAGGACAGGACCAAUGCACACUAUGACCCUUCAUCUGAUAAUUUUGGCCACGAAGCGCUGAAACAUUUCUCGGGUCUGAAGGACGGCCGCCUGAUUGGUCCAGUGUUUGCCGAGUUCUUCAGUUUGAACCAUGCCGGGUCUUGUGUGAAGGAGUGUAUGAAGUUCUCGGAGACCAAAUGUAUGAGCGUCAACUACGACUACGGCCCGAAAGGACAUUGUGAACUAUUAGAGGGUAUUGAAGGACAUGACCACAAAAUGUUCAUUUAUGAUCGGUAUGCUCACUUUGAGAGACUUGGAGUUGGUCUUGCCCACGAGUUCAUCUACAAGGAUCUGUCUCUUCGUCACGGCGUCAUGUACUACUUCAACAUCCACCUCAUCAACGACCUACAGUUCGAGUCCAUCCUCCAUAGCAAGGGUGUUGUGGUGGAUGUUACACCUCCCGAGCCAGGUCCACUGGCUAAUGUGAGUCUGGAUGUCCUGGAGGUGACCUCGUGUGAGAGUGUGGUUCCAGAUGACAGACCGGACUGGGAAGUCAGGUGUCGAGGUGUUAACAGUCAAAUUAAAAACCACAGGACAAUUCAUGACGGAACAGGGUCAAAAACCGUUUUCAACGGAGACACACCCCUCACCGAUCUCCUGUACACCAGAGCAAACAGAUACGUAUCAGCUAACUGGGACGGCAUCAUGGACAAAGAGACUGGCAUCCUUGGCUACUCCUGGACCGUGGGGACACAAAUCUGUGAGGAGCUGAUCCACCCUCAUCAUGACCCUCACAGGCACCUGUUUGACGAAUCAGAGUGGACCAACACUGGCCUCAUUUCCCCAAUACCAGCUCCUCACGACCCCCUCCCAGAUGGAAAAUACUACAUCACACUUCGGGCCUUGAAUAAAGUUGACUAUGGAGGUCCGCUGGUGACAACAAUCUGCCACACCACGCCCCUUGGAAUAGACAACUCGCCACCACUCCUACAUGAAAUCUAUAACAUCUCCUACAAUGAAGAGACUUUCUCCAUCCAUGGGCAGUAUAACGCCAGUGACCUGGAGUCCGAUAUUAGAGAAGUGGACUUGUGUCUGGGACAUACCACACGUGACUGUCAUCACAUGGACUGGCAGAGAUCCUCGCACAGUGAUGGCGACAUCACCCGUCAGUUCCAGAUACCAGGUGGAACUCCUGCCUGGAUUAAAGUCAGAGUCAUCAACAAUGUUGAUUUGAUGAAAGUGGGCGUGUCCGACCAUCCGAUUGUAGUCGACACAUCACCUCCCGAGCCAGGCAUUGUUUUUGAUGGACCCGUCUUCAGACUCGACCUCAACUUUACCAAGGAUGCUGAUAAGAUUUGUGCCAACUGGUUUGGGUUUUAUGAUCCCGAGUCUGGUAUUUCCCACUACGAGUUGUCGGUUCUUGAUGACACAAACAUGGCGAUCUCUGAGCCGGUCAGUCUUGACCACAAGACACACGAGACCUGUGUCCAGCUUGACCCUGACCAGAGGCUCGAACACAGCAUGGCCUACAGCUUCUAUAUCACCGCAUUCAACGCUGGCCACAAACAGCUGAACAUAUCAGCAAUGUCAAAUGGAGUGAUCGUGGACCUGACUCCCCCGGUGCCGGGUGAAGCUGUUGACGGUAUACGGAACGGAUUUGACGACGUUGAGUUCAGUACCCACGUUGCCACAGUAGGAACCCAGUGGAGGAACCACAGUGACCCCGAGUCGGACAUCAGAGAAUAUGCUGUACAGGUACUCAGAGCAAAAGGAUUGUCUCCUGACUUUGAGGUAUUAAAAGACUGGGAGACUCUGGGCAAAGACGUCAGCCAGACCGAGUGGCACAACUUCCACCUGAACCAUCAGGACGUUGUCAAGACGAAGCUGAAAACCAUCAACAACGCCCUGGGGACUGUAGAACAGACAACAGAUGGGUUUGUAGUGGAUCUCACUCCGCCCAGGAUGGUGUUCCUAGGUGAUGGACGAGAACAGAACAAAGAUGCGGAGUUCCAGAUAUCUGGCACAACUGUGGAAGCCAUUUUCCAGUUUAAAGAUGACGAAUCUGGCUUGGAUCAUUACAAAUACCAGGUGUAUGAGCUUUACCAUGGGUCAAAACAUCAGAUCUACCCGGACCCAGAAGGUUGGGAGAUCACCAGCGACCCAAGCAGCACCAGUGUCAUGAAGUCUGGCUUGAGUCUCCGACCGGGUGCCCAGUACAGUGUGAGAGUCGGGGCCGUCAACAGAGCCGGGGCCGUCGCCAUCUACGACACAAACGGUGUGCUUGUUGAUAAUACUCCACCUCAGAUGAAAUGGGUCUAUGUUGGCAUUUUCUCUGGCAAUGAAGAAGAGUUAAUCGACGGCUACGUUACCCAGUCUGACCCUAGCGGUAUCAAGGCCACCUGGUUUGCCAAGGACAGUGAGAGUGGCAUCAAGUCGUACAUGGUCGCAAUUUGUACCACUGAAGGGGGUACUGAUAUCCUAAACUGGAAGGACUUUGGUUCUGACAGAGACAAAUACAUGGACGAGUUGACCUUGACCGUGACCGACCUUGACACGAUGACCCCAGUUUAUUAUGUGUCUGUAAAGGCGAGCAAUGGAGCUGGUCUGACCAGUGACGUCAUCACAUCAAACCCCAUCCGGGUGGUUGACCAGGACAAGGCAGGUAUUGUCAUCGACGGCGCCGACUCGACCGAGAGAGCUAACUUCAUGGGCAUCGGUAUCGACAUGGACUACCAGAAAGACACGGGUGUUGUGACGAUACAGUUUGCCGGGUUUGAGAGCCACGAGCACGGUGUGACGUACUAUGAUUGGGCGGUAGGCACGACACCUGGUGGUGAGGAGGUGCAACCGUUUAUCAUGGCGGGUCUCAUACAUGAAGAAGCAGAGACCAAUGUUCCUGGAAAUGGUAUCGCUAGCAUGGGUUUUUGCCAGGCUGUCCUCCCACUGUCAUCCGGCACGACAUACUACACCACAGUCCGCGGCAUCACCAACGCAGGCAACAUCCUUGAAUCUACUUCAGAUGGGUUUACUGUUGAUAUCACGGCUCCUGACAUCCACAUCAAAAGCUAUGGUCCUGAGAACAACCAGAGCAGACUGACCCCAACCACGACACUGUACCAGACUGAGGUGGACUCCAUCUCCUCCUCCUGGAGGGCUGCAGACAGUGAGAGUCCAGUCAAGAAGAUGUACUACUCUGUGGGGACCUACCCCAACGGGGAGGAUGUCCAGCCCCGGACUGACGUGGAUAUCCUACUGACCGGUGAGGGCGCGCUACCCACUGGCAUCAAACCCACAACUGACGGAAAACCAAACAUUCUGACUCUGACAGCCGAAAAUGAACUGGGGUUGUCUGCUAGCAUUAUCUCCCCUUAUCUUGUGGUGGACACCUCAUCCCCAACAGAGGGGGUGUUGACAUGUCCAAGCUUCAUUCAGCCGAGAUCUGCAGUGGAGUGCACAUGGACAGGGUUCUACGAUGCCGAGAGUCAGGUUGUAGAGUUUGAGUUCGCUGUAGGCUCCCAUGAGGGGCUGGAGGACGUCAUAGCACCUGUCAAACUGCCGGGACAUGCUGCCAAAUAUCUAGUCUCAGGCUUAGCUGAUAAGGUGACACAUGGUCAGAGAUACUAUGCCAAGGUAAAGGCCAUAAACAAAGUGGGAAUGACGUCAUCUAGCAUCUCCAACGCCAUCAACGUGGACACCACACCCCCAUCGCCGGGCACUGUGGUGGAGUUGAAGUCUGUCUACAUCAUCAACGUCACCGACGAGGUCAUCACCGAGAAGCUCAACACCUACAAGUGUGACACACAGGAAGACUGCCUGGCUAUAGACGCGGUGUGCCAGGAGUCUCUGUCCACUGUCAACGUGGCCUGGCAGACCUUCGCUGAUGACGAGACGGAGAUUGUCAAAUACGAGAUAGCUGUUGGCACUUCACCUGGAGGGGGACAGCUGAGGGGGUUCUUUGAGACUGAUGACGUCACAAAGAGAUACCUGUCAGUCACGGGCCUGAUACUGAAGGGAGUGAGACAGAUAUUUGUGACAGUAAAAGCUACCAACGGAGCUGGCCUCAGCACAAUAUCGACGUCUAACGGUAUCUACAUGUCCUACCUCAGUCAGGGCUUGGAGCCGCUCACUCAUGUUGGAAUCUGGGAUGGCGAAAGUCACGAUGGAGACCUUGAUUUCCAGACAAGUCUGUCCCGGAUGGGGGCCAAGUGGGACGUGUCAGGUGACCCUUGUCCAGUGGUCAAGUAUGAGUGGGCAAUACAAAGGGCUGACGGUCUGAGGGUCCAGGAGUACUUCAAUACAGAAGGAAGAAAUCAUGGCGUCAACGACCAGCUGAACAUGCAGAACAUGGAACGCUACUACCAGUACCUACGGGUGACCAACGCCAUGGACUACACCUACACCAUCAGGUCGAACGGCAUCACCAUCGAGGAUGACCCCCUGGUGCCUGGACAGGUCAAUGAUGGAGAUGUCGUGGGAUUUGACCUUGAGUUCUUCCGAACUAAAAGUAAAGUCAGCGCCAACUGGGACAAGUUUGGCAGCGAUGGCAACGCUGACGAUGUGUCAACUUGGAUAAAAGCUGAGAACGUUAUUGAUGAGGACAAAGAUAAAUCUUCCAACCAAGAAGUCGCUUUCUACGAGGUUGCUGUUGGAACUGACCGCCGUUUCGCCAAAACACGUGUCAACGUUGUAGCGUUUGUCAACGUUGGCCUCAACAAGACUGUGACCUUCUACGACCUUGACCUCACCCCAAUCACGGCAAUGUAUUACUUCACUGUGAGAGCACACAGCCGCUCCGGUUCUAGGACUGACGUCACGUCCAAUGGCUUCUCUGUUGGCUUUGAUGGAGGAGUCUCCGCCGGUGUCAUCGACAUGAAGGAAUUUGUCAACACUGACACCUACGUAGAUGUAGCGUGGGACUGAUUCGAAUCCAGGAUUGGCAUGAUGAUGUACUACGUGGGCCUGUCCAACAACACGGAGGCUGGCAACUAUAGAUGCGGACAGUUUACUGAAAGAGGCUCCAUCUCUGACGAUGAACGACAAGGUAUUUUCAACAUUGUGGACCUACAAAAUGUCGGGAAGGACACAUUCAUGAAAUUUGAAAAUCUGUCUCUGGGCCAGAACGGAGUCUACUAUGCUUGGGUGGUCG